AAUCUCAGCCGCCCGUCGAUAACAAACGACGUAAUUAAUAAUUUUAUUUUUUCCUGUUGGGAUAGCUUUCUUUACCAAACUAGAAAAUAAAUAAAUCUAACAGACGAAUUAUUGGAGGAGAAUAUGUCAAACCGCCUAUAUAACAAACAAGCAAGAAACGCCCUCUCUCUCUCUCUCUCUCACACACACACACACACACACACACAAUUCACCCUAAACUCGGACCCAAACCCAAAUCGCCCGUCGUUUUUCUCUCACAGCCAUGGACAACGUCUCAUCUCUGGUGUGCCUGAAAUUGGAUUCCCAGUCGGAGGUGCUCGAUAAGGACGCAGCUAUGGUCCCCCUCAACUGUGAUACACCAAUAAUCGAGACUACGGCUGAAGAACCAGAGACUACAGAACCAACGGAAGAAGAACGUAUUGCUUAUUUUUGGAGCAAGACUGAAGAAUCAAUGGAUGGGAAAUCAAAGGAUGAAGAACCAGAGGAUGAAGAACCAGAGGAUGAAGAAGAACCAGAGGAUGAAGAAGAACCAGAGGAUGAAGAAUCAGAGGAUGGAGAAUCAGAGACUUGGAAAUCAGAGGUUGAAGAAUCAGAGGAUGAAAAAUCUAAGGAUGGAAAAAGUUAUGGACAUGCACUUCUCAAGGAAUGUACAAUCUGUGGGAAGGAAGAAGAACACUCAAAUUUUGAAUGCCCGGAACGCGAGGAGAAACGUAAGGAUUCUGGUUUUACUUACGACCCUUAUACUGGUUCUUUUUCUGUCGAGAUUCGCCCUUUGAAAUAG